AUGGUGGCAAGAUAAAAGGGGCCAAAUGGGCAUUGAGCAGCAGCCAAGACGCUUUCUGAUCACCGACGCGCGAGCGCAACGAUAUAUCUCGUCACUCGGCUUUUUCAACAUCUUCAUUCACUCUCCAGCAACAGCCCAUCCCUUCCGCUAUCGCUCCUCUCCUUCAACAACAGAAUCCGCCAUGGACGGGGACGGUGACGGAGUUGCGGAGAACUUCUCUUCUGACGCCAUCGCCGAUGCGGACGUAAAGUACGGCUUCCAGCGGCCGGAGAUGUACCAGAGCAACCUCGUUGGCACUGUCAAACCGUACAGCCGCCACUUGUUCCUCUGCUACAAGACCUACGAGUCUUGGCCUUCUAAAGUCGAAGGCUCCGAGUCGGAUCCGCUACCGAAGCUUCUCUCCGGUGCUAUCAAAGCUCGCAAGAACGACAUUGAUGUCAAGACUAAUUUGACGAUUUGCGAGGGACGCGAGGGGACUGAGUUUUUGGAUGGAGACGUUCUGAUUUUCCCCGAAAUGAUCAAGUACAGGGGUUUGAAGGACUCAGAUGUAGAUAGCUUUGUUGAGGACGUACUCGUAAAUGGCAAACCAUGGACUUCUGGAGUUAAAGGGAUGGUGUCUGGUUCUCAUGUAUUUGUUUGUGCUCAUGCUAGUAGAGAUAGAAGAUGCGGUGUUUGUGGGCCACCUCUCAUUGAGAAGUUUAAGGAGGAGAUUGAAGUGAGGGGAUUGAAGGAUCAGGUGUUUGUGAGUGCUUGCUCGCAUGUUGGGGGUCAUAAGUAUGCAGGCAACUUAAUAAUUUUCAGUGUAAAUGCGGAACAAAAAGUUGCUGGUCACUGGUAUGGUUAUGUUACCCCACAUGACGUGGCUGAAUUGAUGGAUCAGCAUAUUGCAAAGGGAAAGAUCAUAGAGCGUCUUUGGAGGGGCCAAAUGGGUUCAUUUGAACAUGAUGAUAAAGAUGAUCACCUGAAGAUUCCAAAUGGAAAGAAUAUGGAGGAAACGGAGAAUUCCAAAGGAAGCGAUCUAGAAAAGAAGGAAUAUGUGACAAGCUGUUGUCAAGGUGCUAAUGGGUUUUCAUGCUGCCAAGAUGGAAGUUUGGAGGUUAAAAAAACCACAGAAGUAGAAGAAAAGAAGGGGCUUGGCAAACUCUCCAGCUGGGUACAAAAUUUGGACCAAAGUGAUGUUCUUGCCACAGUUGCUGUUGUUGGGGGCGCGGCAACAGUUGCAGUGGCUUAUAGCUUCUAUAGAAGGUCCGGGUGAAAGUCUGUUAUCUGAUACUUAUUUGUAUGACGUAUGUACCUCAUGUAUUUGUAGAGAGGUCAAUGGAGAUUCCAUUAAAUAAUCAUCUGCACUAAAGCAGUUCCUUAAGAAGGAAAACAGCAGCUAUAUUAUAUGGUCACGUUACAAGUCAGGACGAAUUACCCUUCUUUUUUGAAAAUUUGAAGCCGAAGCAGCUUGCUUUCCCUGGUGGUGCAUUUCUAGAAUCCGAAGAAGUUGUUCUUUAUACAGUAAUGAGUUGAACUAAUACUGAAAACUAAUGCUAAGAUUUAUUAUUCUUGAGGAGAUUAUAAUCCUCUGUUA